AGAAAGCUGAGUACUGUGACUCUGAGUGGAAAAUACAUUUCACUCUGUCUUCUUUUCCACUCACUGUUCUUCACUUCCUCCUUAAUGUCUCUCACCAAAGACUGACUGAUCCCCUGUUCUUAGUUUAGAAACAGAGGAACUGCUCUACAAAACCCACUCUUUUCUUCAGCAACAAUGUUGUACGGAACCUGCAUUGUCCUAAUCUGUCUCCUGGGUUCAUUUUUUUCACUUGGAAGUGCUGUAUUCAACCUCACCUUUCCCAUUCCACAUCCCAACCCAGAACAUGUAGUUCAAGAUGUUCAAAGGAGAGUAAAUGAGUCCAUAUCAAGAAGGCAGACACUACAAAUUUCACAGAAAGACCAAUCCUCAUGUUUGACCGGCAACCCCAUAGACGACUGCUGGAAAUGUGACCCUGACUGGGCCAACAACCGCCAGAGGCUGGCUGAUUGUGCCAUUGGGUUCGGCCAGUACGCCCUCGGUGGCAAAGGCGGUGAGUACUACAUUGUCACGGAUUCCUCCGACGAUGAUGCUGUUACUCCCAAGCCAGGGACACUGAGAUAUGCUGUGAUACAGGAACAACCACUCUGGAUUGUGUUUCCUGGCAACAUGCAUAUUAAGCUCAAACAAGAGCUCAUAUUUAACAGCUUCAAGACCCUUGAUGGCCGUGGGGCGAACGUGCACAUCACCGGCGGCGGCUGCAUUACAUUGCAGUACAUUAGCAAUGUCAUCAUUCACAACAUCCACAUUCACCAUUGUGUACAGUCGGGUGAGGCUAAUGUGCGGUCUAGUCCAACACACUACGGGUGGCGAACCGAAUCGGACGGUGAUGGGAUCUCCAUAUUCGGUUCAAAGGACUUAUGGAUCGACCAUUGUUCCUUGUCACACUGCAAGGACGGUCUGAUUGAUGCGGUAAUGGGGUCCACCGGAAUCACGAUUUCAAACAACUUCUUCUCCCAUCACAACGAGGUGAUGCUGUUGGGUCACAGCGAUGAUUACUUGCCGGACUCCGGCAUGCAGGUGACCAUUGCCUUCAACCACUUCGGGGAGAAGCUGGUGCAGAGGAUGCCGCGGUGCCGGCGGGGGUACAUUCAUGUGGUGAACAAUGACUUCACGCAGUGGGAGAUGUAUGCCAUUGGCGGUAGCGGAAACCCCACCAUCAAUAGUCAAGGGAAUCGCUACACUGCUCCUUCUAACCCUAAUGCCAAGGAGGUGACGAAGCGAGUGGACACUGAAGAAGGAGAAUGGAAGGGCUGGAAUUGGAGAUCAGAUGGGGAUAUAUUGGUGAACGGAGCGUUUUUUGUGGCGUCCGGCGAGGGUCUUGAGGUGAAAUACGAGAAGGCUUACAGUGUUGAGCCCAAAAACGCCGCUCUUAUUGACUUGCUCGUCAUGCACUCUGGUGUCCUUGGAGUUGGUGGCAGAGGCAACAACCUGGGAAUGUGGACCACCAACGGUGCUGCUACCGUUUUCGGUUCCGGCAACGGCUACGAUGAUGACUAUUCAGACGAUUCUGUCGGGCAAAAGCUAGUGCCAUCCUGUCUUGUUGCAUUGUUUUGUCUUUGUUUUUUGUACUUGAUACCCCCUGCCUUCAUGUCAUAACAAACGUAGCAAAGCUCAUCAUCAACGACGGUAAGCGGAAUAAUCAACAAAUUAAUUCUGGCCCAAGAGCAUGCAUAUAUCUCUAACAUUUUCACUUCACUUUCCCCUACAAAACUGCCUAAGAUGGUGAGCAUUUUUUUUGAAGGCAUUACUUCAUGCUAUAAAAACGAAACAGCAUUUAGUGAUGAAUUCCUCCGUUAAUGACGACAUUCUUCUCGUGAU